AUGAGCAGUGAGACUGUCGAGGUCGUGAUCGCCGAGCUCAUAUUCCGGCCUGAAGACGAGAUUGCCGCUCUGGACAACGACAUUGUCGAGAGUACGAUCGCCUUCGCUCGAGCAUCUCCCGCCGGCAUUGCCCAGAACGACGGGUCGUACAAGACCACCAUCAAAAACGUCUAUCGGUUCAAGCUCGUCUCGCACGGCCUGUCGUUCCGGCAGACUGCCAACACCACGGAGGCCGUGCGCGCCACCUUCAACCUCAACAAACGGACCGGCAUCAACGACAACAUGGUCGACCUGUUCGUCCGUGUCCUCGUCGGCGUCUCCAUCCAGAAGAUCGGCGAUCUGCUUGCCACGGACGAUCUUUGGGCGAUGUCGAUGGGGUUUGACGGCAGCAGUCACCGCAGGAUGAGACAUACGGCCAACCACCAGGUUGUGAUGUUGAAGAAGCAGCUCUCUGCUGUCUACCCCAGCAGAGAGCUGCUUCUUCGACAAGCGCCCGCCGUCUCCACGCACGGUGAGCCGACCAACAUGGGUCGCAUCAACUGCGUGCAAAUGCAGCUCGUCGGGCUUGCGACGCACGACAUAUGGCGCGUUCCGCAUCAGAAGGAUCUCGUUGUCAAGUCAACGACGCGACACCUGGACGGCUGUCAGUGGAUCGACACAGCAUUCGCCGUUACCGUCUUUCUGCGCCGGAAGGAAAUCCUCAUCACCGAUAUGGGCGUAACGUGCCCGAAGAAGACGAAUCGGUGCAUGCACCUCUCCCACGUCUUGGCGUUCUUGAUCAAACACGAGAACCGGAUCGUGGACUUCUUUGCCGAGCGAUAA